AUGUCCAGAGUUGUCGACGCCGUAACCAGCCGACUGAGUCUCGAAGCUUAUGCACGAAAACGCGUUCCCCGUGGGAGAGAUACCGCGACCAACAGACUAGGGCAAAACUCUCUGAUCCGGGAAUUAACGUAUCUGAAGACCCUUUCGCACACCCACCUGGUUCGAUAUGUUGCGUCUUACACCGACGAAAAGUACAUUGCAUUCCUGAUGCAGCCCGUCGCAGACUAUGACCUGGAGAAGCUGCUGCGUAAUCUGGGGCGCGAUGCGACUGGGGCCGAAUGUCUGCGACCAUUUUACGGCUGUCUGGCAGGGGCAAUCCAGUAUCUACAUGAGAACAAGAUCCGCCAUCGGGAUCUCAAGUCCCGGAAUAUUCUUAUCAAGGAUGGCCGUGCUUUCGUGGCGGAUUUUGGAACAGCGUACAGCUGGAAGGGCUCAAAGCACAGUAUAACCAACCAUCGAGAUGUCCCAUAUACGGCGGAGUACAUUGCGCCAGAGAUCGCCCUGCAUAAGAGCCGCAGCACGGCGAGCGACAUGUGGUCCUUAGGCGUGGUCUUCAUGGAGAUAUCGACCGUGCUG